UAUGGAGUACAAAGAGGUAUCAGUUGACAAGAUAAUAUCAAAACUGUUGUCGGUGAAGAAUAGUAGGCCGGGCAAGAACGUUCAUCUGAGUGAGUCUGAGAUACUGUUCUUGUGUGAGAAGACAAAAGAAAUACAUCUUAGUCAGCCGAUGCUCUUGCAUAUUAAAGCGCCGAUAAAGAUAUGCGGUGAUAUACAUGGGCAGUACAGAGACCUACUGAAACUGUUUGAUUUUGGCGGUUUUCCGCCCGACAACAAUUACCUAUUCUUGGGCGACUAUGUUGAUCGGGGCAAACAGUCGCUGGAGACGAUUUGUCUGUUGUUUGCGUACAAGAUAAAAUAUCCGCAGAACAUUUUUCUGCUCAGAGGAAACCAUGAGUGUGCGAGCAUCAACAAGAUUUAUGGCUUUUUUGACGAGUGCAAACGUAGACACAGCAUAAAAAUAUGGAAGAAUUUUACUGAUUCCUUUAACUGCUUGCCGAUUUCGGCCAUAGUAGGUGAGCGGAUACUUUGUAUGCACGGGGGAAUAUCGCCCGAGCUGAAGAAUCUGGACCAGAUCAGGAAAAUAAAACGACCUACCGAUGUUCCAGACGAUGGCUUACUCUGUGAUAUAUUAUGGGGCGACCCGGAGCCAUCGAUCUCUGGUUGGGGAGAGAAUGACAGGGGAGUGUCCGUAACGUUUGGUGCCGAUGUGGUAAAGGAGUUCUUGGACAGCAACGAUCUUGAUCUUAUUUGUAGAGCACAUCAGGUGGUCGAAGAGGGAUACGAGUUCUUUGCGGAUAGACGAUUAGUUACCGUGUUCUCGGCACCGAACUACUGCGGUGAAUUUGAUAAUGCUGGCGCCAUUAUGAAUGUGGACGAGGACUUGACGUGUUCGUUCCAGAUUCUAAAGCCGACCGACAAGCUCAGCCCUGUAUCUGAUGGUUUCAUUGGUAUGGCGGAUUCUGUUUCAAAUUCGACAACAUCAGACUCCUAGACAAUAAUAUUUAUGAAUAAAUGG